CUCAAUUAAUCCACAUGCUGCAUGGUAAAAAAUAAAAAAAGGUUGGCCUCUAUCGUAAAUGGCGAGGAAGAAGAUCAGAGAGUAUGAUUCCUCAAGGAGCACCUCAAAUGUCUCGCCUCUAUCGACCUCAGGUUUCCAUUCAUCACCUUUGGUCUUGGAUCUUUGGCAGGUUACGGAAUCAACGGACAAAGCACGCCUCGGCGUUGAGGUGUUAUCGACGAAAACUUUGAUUUUGAUUUCCAUAUUUCAUCUGCUUCAACUGUGUACUGGUAGGUUGAGAUGGGAGGUUGCAAGGCCCCUAUAACUAGUGAAUGAAAAGCCAUGUCCACUGGAUAUGAGAGGGGAGUUGGAUGACACUGCUGCAUUCAAGAACUUCAACAAGUGGGGAAAUAUAGAGUUUCCAUUGCCUUUUGGAAGAGUUCUGAGCCCUACAGAAAGCUUCAUUCAUUCCUUGGAUGAUAAGACAAGUGCAUCAUUGAAAUUUACUGUAUUGAACCCAAAAGGACGCAUCUGGGCAAUGGUAGCAGGAGGUGGUGUGAGUGUAAUUUAUGCUGAUACUGUUGGAGAUUUAGGCUAUGCAUCAGAGCUUGGCAACUAUGCUGAAUAUAGUGGAGCUCCAAACGAGGAGGAGGUGUUGCAGUAUGCAAGAGUUGUAAUUGAUUGUGCUACUGCAGAUCCCGAUGGCCGUAAGAGAGCCCUUCUUAUUGGAGGUGGCAUAGCAAACUUCACUGAUGUUGCUGCCACAUUCAGCAGGAUUAUUCGAGCCCUGAAAGAGGAAUCAAAGAUUAAAGCAGCGCGAAUGCACAUCUAUGUCAGAAGAGGUGGUCCAAACUACCAGACUGGUUUGGCAAAGAUGCGUGCAUUGGGGGAGGAAUUGGGAGUACCAAUUCAGGUUUAUGGACCAGAAGCCACAAUGACGGGUAUCUGCAAACAAGCUAUUGAUUGCAUCAUGUCCGACGCAUAAAGCAGAUUAAUUUUUGUCUCAUCAUGUUUCAUUUGUGAAACUAAUUUGGUGGUGUGUUGAUGGAUUUAAUGAUAUAAGUCCAUUGUCUGGACCAAGCAAAGACGAAUAAGAUCGAAGUGAAGAGGAUAGAUGUUGCAAGUCUGAAACUGUUAUAUUCUUAUCUUGUCUUCCUAUUGUGAUUUUAUUGUUAUAUUUUGACUGCAAUAUGGUUAGAACAUUAUAAAAACCCUCAACAGUAUCUGUGAAAAAUGUAAUCUUAGUUGAUGACAUUUCUUAAAGUGUUGAUUUCUCUAUUUGAAUUUCUUUUGU